AUAUAUGACUAUCAUGAAUCAUGAUCAGUAACCACAGAAGGCAUUCAAGCAGACAAAGUAUGCAAGUCACAAGAAGAUCUAACCAAGGUGGUGCUGCUCCUGACAUCUGAUUUAAAAUCUUUUUUCUGUUUUGUUUUCAUUUUAUCGUUGAAAAUACACUAUCCACUUUCUUCUUUUUCAUCAUCUCCGACCGUCAUCAAUAUCAGAUCUCCAUAAGUAAGAGGGAUUUACUUGCAUUAGGUGUUAGUUAUUGGGUGUCGAUCACAAAGGGUUCAUAGAAAUUAGUAGAAUUUCUGAAUUUCUGAGCUAGUUAUUGAAAACAGUAAAAGUGGAAGCAUGCUAUGACAGUGGUGGUGGAGAGUGGAACCUAUGGUGGUUGUUCGAGAUUACUAGUUCUCUAAGCAUCAAUCUACAUAGAUAGCUCAAGUGUUCGACCAUCUCAAUACAAGCUUAUGGAAUCACCUGUUGGUCGUCUAAGGGAUUCCUCCGUGGUAGUUGUUACAUUAGAUAGUAGCGAAGUGUAUAUUAUUGUGAGCUUAGCCGUUAGGAGUAACACUCAGGUGAUUUAUGUUGAUCCAACAACUGGAGCAUUGUGCCACAGAAAUAAGUUGGGAUAUGAUGUUUUUGAUUCUGAAGAGGAAGCUUUGAAUUUCAUCACAAAUGGAUCGAAAUGGCUUUGUAAAAGUGUAACAUAUGCAAGAGCUAUACUAGGUUAUUCAGCUCUCGGGAGUCUUGGGUUACUUUUAGUUGCUACUAAAUUAACUGCUUCUAUUCCUAAUUUACCUGGUGGAGGGUGUGUGUAUACGGUGUCUGAGAGUCAAUGGAUCAAGAUUCAGCUUCUGAACCCUCAACCCCAGGGUAAAGGAGAACUAAAGAAUGUUCAAGAAUUGACUGACCUUGACAUUGAUGGGAAACACUAUUUCUGUGACACAAAGGAUAUUACAAGGCCUUUCCCGAGUCGUAUGUCAUUGCUGAAGCCAGAUGAGGAAUUUGUUUGGAACCUAUGGUUUUCAGCGCCUUUCAAGGACAUUGGUCUGGCACAACAUUGUGUUGUUCUCUUACAGGGGUUUGCAGAAUGUCGAAUAUUUGGAAGCUCAGGUCAGCAAGAAGGGUUAGUUGCUCUCACAGCUCGGCGUAGCAGACUGCAUCCUGGUACUAGGUACUUGGCCAGAGGGUUGAAUGGGUGCUUCAGCACAGGAAAUGAAGUGGAGUGUGAGCAGCUUGUUUGGGUUCCGAAGAGAGCGGGUCAAAGUGUUCCUUUCAACACGUAUAUUUGGAGGCGAGGCACUAUACCGAUGUGGUGGGGUGCUGAAUUAAAGAUGACUGUCGCAGAGGCAGAAAUUUAUAUAGCUGCUCGUGAUCCUUAUAAAGGAAGUUCACAAUACUACCAGAGGUUAAGCACGAGAUACGGUACAUGCAACAUAGGUGGAAAUGCUGGAUCUAGUCAGAAUAAAAAAUCUAUGGUUCCUAUUGUAUGUAUCAAUUUGCUUAGAAGUGGAACAGGAAAAUCAGAAUGCAUUUUAGUUCAGCAUUUUGAGGAAUCCAUAAACUAUAUUAGAUCAACCGGAAAACUUCCUAGUACUCGGAUACAUUUGGUACAUUAUGACUGGCAUGCCAGUACAAAACUCAAAGGCGAAAAACAAACAAUUGAGGGACUUUGGAUACACCUCAAGGCACCCACCAUUAGUAUAGGCUUUUGUGAAGGGGAUUAUUUGCCCACACGGCAGCGGCUUAAGGAUUGCAAGGGAGAAAUAAUAUGCACCAAAGAUCUUGAAGGUGCCUUUUGCCUAAGAUCACAUCAAAAUGGAGUUAUACGUUUCAACUGUGCAGAUUCUUUGGAUAGAACAAAUGCUGCUAGUUACUUUGGUGCCCUCCAAGUAUUCGUAGAGCAAUGUAGACGGCUAGGUGUUUCUCUUGAUUCCGAUAUUCCUUUGGGUUAUCCAUCAGUAAACAACUAUGGUGGUUAUGUUGCCCCACUACCACCAGGGUGGGAAAAACGUUCCGAUGCGGUAACAGGCAAGGCGUAUUAUAUCGAUCAUAACACUAGAACCACUACCUGGGUUCAUCCAUGUCCAGAUAAACCAUGGAAGAGAUUUGAUAUGACAUUUGAAGAGUUCAAGAGAUCCACAAUAUUGUCGCCAGUUUCUCAACUUGCUGAUCUUUUCCUGCUUGCUGGUGAUAUACAUGCAACACUCUACACUGGUUCCAGGGCUAUGCAUAGUGAAAUUCUAAGCAUAUUUAACGAAGAAACUGGGGGAAAGUUUAAACAGUUCUCCGUUGCACAAAAUGUGAAGAUCAGUCUGCAGAGAAGAUAUAAAAAUACAAUUGUGGAUAGCUCCCGACAGAAGCAGCUGGAGAUGUUUCUUGGAAUGAGACUCUUCAAACAUCUCCCAUCACUUGCAAUUCAUCCUUUAAAAGUUUUAUCCCGACCUUCUGCUUGCUUUCUAAAACCGGUUACAAGUGUGUUCCCGAGUUCCACUAAUGAAGCCAACCUUCUGAGUUUCAAGAAAAAGGAUUUAAUAUGGGUUUGUCCACAGGCAGCAGAUGUGGUUGAACUUUUCGUUUAUCUUGCCGAGCCUUGUCAUGUUUGUCAGCUUCUUCUCACAAUUUCUCAUGGUGCAGACGAUUCAACUUUUCCAGCAACAGUUGAUGUGAGGACAGGACGUGAUUUAGACGGGCUCAAACUUGUUCUCGAGGGGGGUUCUAUUCCACAAUGUGUAACUGGGACUAACCUCUUGAUACCUUUGCCGGGCCCUGUUAGUCCUGAGGAUAUGGCAGUCACUGGUGCGGGUGCACGCCGCCAUCAAGAAACACGUAGCCUUUCAUUAUUAUAUGAUUUUGAGGAAUUAGAGGGAGAGUUGGACUUUCUUACUCGUGUGGUGGCACUUACAUUUUAUCCUGCAGUUCGUGGAAAAACUCCUUUAACAAUUGGUGAGAUAGAGAUACUUGGAAUGUCUCUUCCCUGGAAAGGCAUAUUUACCAAGGAAGGACCUGGUGAGAAAUUCUCGGAGCUUCUCAAUAAACAUCAAGGUCAAGAGGAGGAAAACCCUUUUCUAAGUAGUUCGGAGACGAAUCCAUUUGUUGGCAGUUCUGUGUCUAGUGAAAAUGUUCUGCCAUCAGCCCAACUUACAAGUCCUGCCUCCCUGACUUUUGAUCUCUUGACUGGAGACAUUGGGGUUUCUGAUACAAUCUCUCAGCAACAGAUGCUGUAUUCAACAGAAAAUGUUGUGUCUGGUGGAGGGGACUUGCUAGAUUUCUUAGAUAAUCCUAUAGUAGAAUUCAACGAUUUAGAAGAUUCCAAGUUCUCGAGUUUGCCACAAGAUGGAAGAUCUGAAGACAACACUGGCGUUCAGCAUUAUACAGAUUGCUUCAAAGCUCUGAUUGGUCCUCAUAUGGCAAGGAAGAUCGACUUUGAAGAAGCCAUGAAACUUGAAAUUGAACGGCUUAGGGUGAAUCUUUCUGCAGCUGAAAGAGAUAGAACUUUAUUAUCAAUUGGCACUGAUCCUGCUACUGUAGAUCCGAACGGGUUACUUGAUGACUCAUACAUGGGAAGGUUAUGCAAAAUUGCAAACAGUCUUGCAUUGCUUGGGCAGGCUGCUCUGGAAGACAAAGUUACUGCUGCCAUUGGUCUUGAUACGAGUGAUGAUGAUAUUAUAGAUUUCUGGAAUAUAUGUGGAAUUGGAGAGACAUGCUCUGGUGGGCUGUGCGCUGUUCGUGCUGUAACUCAGCCAUGUGUACAAGUUCCUUCCCUGAUCUCUUCUGGUGGUACUUCCCCUCCCAUCCUAACAUGUUCACGCUGUAAGAGAAAGGCGUGCAAAGUUUGCUGUGCUGGAAAAGGAGCUCUCCUGCUUUCAAGCCCCAACUCUAAGGAGGUGGGAGGUUAUAACGGUUCUUUGAGUGGUCAAAGUGAUGGUAGUCGUAAUCGUACAGCUAGACCAGAUGGGAUUAUCUGUAAAUCUUGCUGCAAUGAAGUUAUCCUAGAUGCAUUGAUUCUGGACUAUGUUAGGGCCUUGAUUAGCCUGAGAAGAAGUACUCGUGCAGACAGUGCAGCACGUAAAGCUCUAUACCAGGUGAUGGGACUUCCGUCAAAAGAAUAUCGUCUUGAAAGAAACAGAGCCUCUGACAGUGUCCUAGUUCUCAAGAACUUGAGAAAGUUACUUAAUGGAGAAGAGUCACUUGCAGAAUUUCCAACUGCCAGCUUCUUGCAUACGGUGGAAACAGCUGUGGACUCUGCACCCUCCCUGUCACUGCUUGCUCCACUAGAUUCAGGAUCAGGGCAUUCAUAUUGGAAAGCUCCACCUAGUGUUUCUUUUGUGGAAUUUGCAGUUGUUCUUAGCAGUGUCUCUGAUGUAUCAGGGGUUCUCCUACUUGUCAGUUCGCGUGGCUAUUCAACUUCUGACACUCCCACCGUGCAAAUAUGGGCCAGCAAUAAGAUAAACAAGGAAGAGCGUUCAUGCAUGGGAAAGUGGGAGGUCCAAUCACUGAUUCAAUCCUCUUCAGAAUAUUACGGACCAGAACAAUCUGAUACUCAGAAUGUUAUUCCGAGGCAUAUUCGAUUCACUUUCCGGAAUCCAGUUCGGUGCCGCAUCAUUUGGGUAACACUACGUCUUCAACGUGUUGGUUCAGGUUCUGUUAAUUUAGGGAGAGAUUUUAAUCUUCUUUCGCUGGAUGAAAACCCCUUCGCGGAACACCAUCGACGUAACUCUUUUGGUGGGACUGUUCAGAGUGACCCAUGCCUCCAUGCCAGAAGACUUCUAGUAGUUGGGAGUUCUGUUACAAAAGAAGUACCUGCACCAGAACAAGGCUCUGAUCAGAUAAAAUUGAAAAGUUGGUUGGAGAGAGGCCCACAAUUUAGCCGGUUUAGGGUUCCUGUUGAAGCUGAAAGGCUAACCGAUAACGAUUGCGUCAUGGAACAAUAUCUGUCACUUGGUUCGCCCGAAUUAGCCGGAUUCCGCAUUGACGCUUUCAGCGCAAUACAACCUAGAAUCACCCAUUCACCAUCUUCAGAUGCGAACAUCUGGGAUAAUUCGUUAACUUGGCUAGAAGACAGACACAUCUUUCCGGCAAUUCUGUUUAUCCAAGUUUGUGCGUAUCAGGAGUCAAAUAACAUGGUUACUGUUGGGGAAUAUCGGUUGCCAAUGGCUCGAGCCGGGACACCAAUGUACUUCGAUUUUCCAAGAGCUUUUCAAGCCCGACGGAUCACCUUCAAACUUCUUGGUGAUGUUGCUGCCUUUGCAGAUGACCCUUCAGAACAAACUGACUCUGAUUUUAGGGUCCCACCAUUGGCAGCAGGGCUAUCUUUGUCAAAUAGAAUCAAGUUGUAUUAUUAUGCCGAUCCAUACGACCUCGGAAAAUGGGCAAGUCUUUCUGCAAUUUAAGUGCUACAUACGCGUGACAGUGAGAUGGCAUAGGUCGGUGUUUCCUCAGUUUUGUGGUUGCUGUCACCAUUAUAUUUAUUGUUUAUUAUUCAUUCAUUGUAUAAUGAUUCAUUGUAAUUGUAACAAUAUUGAUUCCUCGAUACAUAUUACAACUGUUGGGCGCAUAGCCUCUCUCCUCAGGAUCAAGCUCCAAAAAAGGCUGACACUUGCUCAUUUAAGUC